GCAUACUAAAAAAGUCUAGAGAGAUUAAUGAGUGAUAAAUAAGCGAAGAUUGCGUGUGUAUAAUAGAUGAAUAAAUGGACUCCCAAAAUUCUUGACAAAAAAAGAAAAACAUCUUCACAGUUUCACACUAUUCCAAGUUCUACUCUUUGCUUUAAAUUAGGGAGCAAAAAAUCUCUCUGAUUUUGAUUCAAAUCUCGUAAAAAUGGAGGGCUCACUGCCAUUAACGACGGCAGCAAAAGCAGCAGAGAGAAGAAGCGUCGGAAGAUCGUCUGCUAAUUCAUCUUCAUCGUCGCAUUCUUCUUCUUCCGUUAAACCUUCACUUCUCUUAGCCUUCCUCUCUUGCGUCGCUUGGCUUUACGUCGCCGGAAGGUUGUGGCAGGAUGCUGAGAACCGAACUUUACUGGCCAAUAUACUCCAGAAGAACGCAGACCAGAGACCAAAGGUUCUCACAGUAGAGGAUAAGCUCGUGGUGUUAGGAUGCAAAGAUUUGGAGGAAAGGAUUGCCGAGGCAGAGAUGGACUUGACGCUGGCUAGGAGUCAAGGAUAUCUGAAAAACCAACUGAGACAAGAUGGUACUACUGAUAGGAAGCUUCUUGCUGUUAUUGGAGUUUACACUGGAUUUGGAAGUCGUUUGAAGCGCAAUACUUUUCGAGGCUCAUGGAUGCCUAGAGGAGACAAUAUUAAGAAACUUGAGGAGAAAGGAAUUGUCAUACGUUUUGUAAUUGGGCGAAGUCCAAAUCGAGGUGAUAGCUUGGAUCGCAACAUUGAUGAGGAAAACCGCCAAACUAAAGAUUUCUUGAUUCUUGAAGGACAUGAGGAGGCUCAAGAAGAGUUGCCAAAGAAAGCAAAGUUUUUCUUCAGUACAGCUGUACAAAAUUGGGAUGCUGAAUUUUACGUUAAAGUUGAUGACAAUGUUGACCUUGAUCUCGAUGGAUUGAUUGGACUUCUUGAGAGCCGUCGUGGUCAGCAAAAUGCAUAUAUUGGAUGUAUGAAGUCUGGAGAAGUGAUAGCAGAAGAGGGAAAACAGUGGUAUGAACCAGAGUGGUGGAAGUUUGGUGAUCAGAAAUCGUACUUCCGACAUGCUGCCAGUUCACUUUUUAUUUUGUCCAGAAGUUUAUCAGAGUAUAUUUUUGUAAACAGUGUAUCUUUGAAAGCUUACGCGUUUGAUGAUACGACGGUUGGUUCAUGGAUGAUGGGAUUGCAAGCAACUUAUAUAGAUGAUAGCCGUCUUUGCUGUAGUACCAACAGACAAGACAAAGUAUGUUUUGCAGCCUGAUCGGGGUUGGAGUACAGAUAUAGGAAGUAGGAGCAGUGGAGGAGACGAGUUGUAGAAAAAGAACGCAGGCUACCAUGGCAUACGAGAUAACCAUAUUAUUACAUCCACUAAUUAGCCCAUGAAUGUUAAAUUUUUGAGUCGUGGUUUAGCCAAAUCAUUGCCACAUUUCUCAUGUAUUCCAUAUUCAAACAAAGCUCUCCAUGACAUCUGAUCCAAGAUGUUCUCAUAGAAAAUUUAAGAGAGAAAUGAUAAUAAUAAUAAUUGAUGUUCAUACA